CCCCCUGUGGCUAUUACAGUUACACUCUCCAAGAGGAAGGUCGUCUUCCAGGAGCGGGGUGUCAUCACUGGUGAGCUCAUUCACCAGUUUGAGGGCACCCUUGCCCAAACUCCUGAGACGUCCCCCACUUCAGAUUCCGCCACCAGGGUGGUAGGCGACGCACACCUUGUGGUCUGUGGGCCUGCCAAGAAGAGGCGAAGGAGGAAGAAAAAGAGGACAGCAAUGAAGGAGGGACCCUCAGAGAUUAUUCCCUUGAUGAGCCUGGAGGUGGUCCUGCCUGACAAAAUGGUGGGUGCCCUUUCCCCUGAUGAGUUAGAUCGUUACAAAGUAAGUCAGGGGGAGAGGG